AUGAAGUCCGUGAUUGGACGAUACCACAAAGCAAAAGAGGAACAACAGCAGCAGAUAACAAGCCCAACUUCGGAGGUCAAGUUCUGGCAGAGGGAGGCUGCAAUGUUAAAGCAACAACUGCAGAGUCUGCAAGAGAAUCAUAGACAAAUGAUGGGUGAAGAGCUUUCUGGUUUAAGUGUCCAAGAUCUACAGGUCAUGGAGAACCAACUUGAAAUGAGUCUGCGAAAUAUCCGCACAAAAAAGGACCAACUUCUUUUUGAGGAAAUCGAAGAACUAAAGAGAAAGGGGAAUAUCAUCCACCAUGAAAAUGUGGAACUGUGUAAGAAGGUAAACCAUAUUCGCGAAGAAAACACAGAACUUUAUAAACAGGUUUAUGGAAUAAGGGAAACAGAUUCGACAAACAGGAAUGUCUUCUUAACAAAUGCUCUAAGUAUAAGAGAUGAUCCACAUGCCACCAUCCAUCUUCAGCUAUCCCAGCCAGACCAACACGAAGCAACUGAAGCAUCACUACAGUCCACAAGUUUGGGAUUACAACUGCAUUAAAGAGAAGAUGGGGAAUCCUUAUCAA